AUGAUCAUUCCCGUUCGAUGCUUCUCGUGCGGUAAGGUUAUCGGUAACCUCUGGGACAGUUACCUCGAGUUGCUCGCUGCUGGCGUUGACGAGGGUGAGGCUAUGGACAAGCUUCAGCUGAAACGAUAUUGUUGUCGACGAAUGGUCCUCACUCAUGUCGACCUCAUUGAGAAGCUGUUGAUGUACAACCCUCUCGCAAGAGAAAGAUAG